GUAAGAAGGCCGAACCACAUGACUUUGGGCUUAAACCUACCAACUAGCCUACAUGUAUACGUUUGUUUUUUCACCCUAAAAAUGGUUUUCCCGCCUAAGCCACCGUUACUAUUUUCAUGCCAUAUUUUCCGGUAAGAUAUCUUUAUCAUGUCCAGAGUGGCCUUCCAAAGUUCUCAGGAGAUCAACGAGAAACAAUAAAAGGAGAAAUGCACAAAGAAUAUUACUGCUAUUUGAGAAGUAGGGGUUAGUCAAAAUGGACUCCCCUGAACCUUCCUCAAAGACCGCUACCAUCAACUCUACAAUCAACCCCACACCUACCGAAGACUCACCUGUCUUCAGUUAUAUUAGCAACCUCUCUCCCAUACAACCUGUCAAGGCCGCUCCAGUUGUGCAAGGUUUCCCAGGGCUGAAUUCUCCUCCUCUUUUAUUUACCUCACCUCGAGUUAGUGCACAUAGUCGAUUGAGAAGGAGCCAGUUUCCUCAACUAUCCAGUGAAGCGUUUUCUGGGAAGAAUGACGAUUAUAACAAUGCUAUCACAGAUUCAGAUGGCAAUGGAGUAUCUGCUUCUCAAUUGAGAAGUGAACUAAGCCCUUCUAUUCAGAAAGUAUCUGAUAAUAACAUCUCUGUGCCUGAUGAAAGUGGGAGUCUCAUAAGAUGUGUGGAUGAGUUCUUAGUUGAUGUUUCGAAUUCAGAGUCUGCUAAUCCUUCAAAUUCAACUCAUCCCAGCCCAAAAGUAGCUGAUAAUAUUCCUCAAUCACCAAAUAGUGCAGCGGAAUCUGUUGCUGAUUUUGCAAGUAAGGAUGCAAGAAAAGACGAGAUUCCAAAAGAUGCUGCCCGUCUUGUUGUAGAGCAAGCUGAAGAGGAGAAUAAGGGAAAGUCCUCAUCUGAUCAGAAAGAUAAUGGGAUUUACAGUACCAGUACUGAUUCUGAUCUGCCAUCUCUCAAUUCAUGCACAAAGAUUGAGCCUGACUUGCUUGCUGAUAAUUCAUUGCAUUAUCAUUAUAGUGGCCGUCAGAUGGCUCAGCUUUCAAGGGCUGACCACGCUAUGUUGGAUGACGCUUCUGAUAUACAGAACGAACCAUUGGAGACUGCACAUGAUUGCAGAAACGAUAAUGAUAAGAUUAACUCAAUGUCAAGUGCACCAGAUGAAUGCAUUAUGCAGCAUGAUUCUCAAACCAAGGCUGGUCAACAUCAAAGUGGAAUACGUAGGCGUUGUCUCCAAUUUGAAGAUGCUCAACGGAAGAUAUCACCAACUAGCUUGGGUUUACAGAACGCUUCAGGUGUUGUGAGCUGCUCAAUACCACCAGUCAGUCCUGCUGUCAUAGAGGUCGUAGCAUCAGUUUCAUCAAAUAGAUCAUCAACUGCAAGCAAUAGGCCAUCUACCCAACUGACAUCUUCUUCUGACAAUUUUGAAAGCCUUGCUGUUAAAGUUCCCAAGCCAUCUGGUAUUGGCUUGCACUUAAAUAGUAUAGCUAUGCAAGCUGGUUCUCGUGCAACUGUAAGCGUGAAAUCAGCUGAGAGGGGUAACUUGAGCUUACAUGAGAAGAAGUUGACGUCCAUGAUGAGCUGUCACCCUUCUGAGAACUUAAAGAGUUGCUCGAUAUCUUCAAAUGUGGUUGGGAGCCAUUUGACUAGCGGUAACUAUGAUGGUGAACAUGAAAGUUAUGGGACGAAUGCACAAAGUGCUGCCUCUUUGCAUCUCAAUGAUGCAAAACCUUUAAACAACACUGUGCUCUUGAAGCCAACGGAGCAUACUAUAAGUCACAAAAGGAAGGCUAGCGCCGAAUAUAUUGACAGCCCUAUGGAUUACAAUCAGUCCAGCCCCAAAAAGAAAAGGAAGAAACCCUCAGAUGGCUAUGAUGGUGAUGGCUGCAAAAGAUGCAAUUGUAAGAAGAGUAAAUGCUUGAAACUUUAUUGUGAUUGCUUUGCUGCUGGAAUAUAUUGUGCGGGGUCUUGUGCUUGUCAAGGUUGCUUCAACAGACUUGAAUAUGAAGACACGGUCAAUGAUGUGCGGCAACAAAUCCAAUCUCGGAAUCCCCUGGCAUUUUGUCCAAAAAUUGUGCAGCAUCCCACUGAUUCUCCUGCGAAUAUUCUUGGGGCGGAGGGAGCAAGUUUUACGCCUCCGUCUGCAAGGCACAAAAGAGGUUGUAGCUGCAAGAAGUCAAUGUGUUUGAAAAAGUACUGCGAGUGCUAUCAGGCUAAUGUUGGAUGUUCCAGUGGAUGCCGUUGUGAAGGAUGUAAAAAUGUCUAUGGUCUGAAGGAAGAAUACGGUAAAGAUUUGGUGAAAAAACAUUGCAUCACUGAGAGAUUGGAGAAGUCAGUUGAGGAAAAGGUGGAAAUGGUGACAGCUACAAGUGGGUUAUUGCAAAUUGAUCAAAGAAAUCAAUGCAACUUAACUCCUCCUACACCUUCAUUCCAGUGCUCAAACCAUGGGAAGAAUGCAUCUAAAUCUUGGUUUACUUCUGGAAGAUACCUUUCUUCACCUGAAUCUGGUCAAGCUAUUUAUGGGCUGUCCCCAGCAUCUCCUACAAAUUCUAAGAAUCAUGACAUAGACCAGGAAACUACUGGUGAUAUUAUGGAUCUUGUUACCUUCGAUCAGGAGUUUAAUUAUAGCAAUGCAAAAUUAGCAAAUGAAUUCUCACCAGGGUUUCAUGUGACUGGCAAUACGGAUGAUCUUUUGGCGUUACCAAAGUCACAAGAUUUGGCAAGUAAUACAGGUGGUCAACUGAUUCCUCAAACUGUCCAUUUCCAAUCAACGUGGCCGCUAUCCUGGCGUGACUCACCGAUAACCCCUAUGAACCAAUUUGAUGGGAGUGGGAUGAAUGCUCUGGAAUUACUAAACUCUGAUAAGAAGCCAUAUGCAAUGGCAGAUGACACACCGGAAAUACUAAAGGACUCUUCUAUGCCACAAACUGGUGUGAAAGUAAGCUCCCCAAAUAAGAAGCGUAUUUCUCCACCUAAUCGUCAUUUGAAUGAGCUUGGUUCUAGCUCAUCUGGAGGAGGCUUAAAAACUGGCCGGAAGUUCAUAUUGCGAGCUGUUCCUUCUUUCCCACCACUCACCCCAUGUACUGAUUCCAAAGAUGCUGCCGCCCAUAGUAUGGACAAUUCUCAAAAGGGUAGCAGCGGCAAGUAACGAACACUUACUUUGAACACUUACUUAUUUCGCCGUUUACUUUGACACACUGAAACUUGAGCCAAAUUCUCACUGGAAGGCUUCAUUCUACGGGCGCAUAAGCAUCAAACUCAUGAAGAUCAAUUAGUCAGAGAACUAGGUUUGUUUGAUGAAAGAACAAGAGACAUUUCUAAGAUAUGAACAUCCUUGCAUGAAUAUUGUUAUCUUAGAGGAAAACCAUGGGCAGCUUGAUUUCACAGUCCACACUGUGAAGAUGGGAGAGAAAUCCAUAUAUUCCUUUGCCUUCAUAUAAGGAACUCUAUGAUCUCCUUUGACAUCCUAUAUUUUAGAUAAAAAAUGAACAAAAUUUGAGUGUCAGUCGCUGCUGCUUAUCAUGUAGAGGAAAUACUGUGUUACUUUAAACUAGAAUUCAGGUUCUUUGCUUGGCCUAUUUGCUGCCAAGUACAAUAAUUGCUUUUAGUUGACUCAUAUAUUUGAUGGCAAACGAAGCAUUGUACUUCAUAUGAAAGAAGAAUGUUUACAAUUUCCUUCGCUA